AUGACGCUGUUCCUGGAAAUAUUCCUCGCGGCCUUUCGCGCGGUCGCCAAAUUGUUCAUAAUGUGCGCGUUCGGCGCGUUCGCGCGGAGGAAAAACUUACUCGGGAAAGAGUUGACGAAAAACUUGUCCUCUCUGAAUGGGACGAUUUUUUUACCGUGUUUGUUGGUGACCUCGAUCGGAGCGAGCGUGACGUUGGAAAAACUCAAGAAGUUGUGGCUUUUACCCGUGGCGGCGUGUUUUAACGUCGUUUGUGGGUACGUGUUUGGGAGAGUUCUCGUGUUUAGCAGCGGUGGCGGUAAUAGGAAUGCGGAUAGGAGAUGGAUGACCAACAACGUCUGCGAGACGCCGGAACGGUUUCAGAGAGCGGCGUUGGCGAGUUGUACGUUCGGGAACGCGUUGGCACUGCCAGUCGUCGUCUCGGUGGCGAUCGCGGAGACAGGCAAGGUUGGGAAUUUAGUGUUUACCGAGGAGGAUAAGGAUAAGUGCGUGUUGUACAUUGGCGUGUAUUUGAUAGCGUUGAGUCCGCUUAUGUGGAUAGUCGGUCCGAGCUUACACAAACCGCCGAAGACAUUUUCAUCGCAUCAACAGAAGAAAGCGACGACGUCGAGAAAGGCAAAGGAGAGCGAUGGGAAUUUGCACCUCCAAAACGCGAGCAACGAUUUAGAAGAGGAAACGAUUGAUAAUUUCAACGAGGAUUUUGACGAGUACGACGACGACGAAGAUCUUCCGGAAGGAGACGUGGAGUUACAACGACUCACGCCGCCGUCCAGUCCGAAAUCAUCAAACGGUAGAUUCAAAAGUAGUAACAACCAAGGGUUUGGCAAAGGAAGCGACGGAGGGAGCGAGUUGAACGACGAAAACAACAAUGACAACGGUGUGACCACCAUAGGAGCGACCACAACAACGACGACGACGACAUCUCCACUACCCAUUACCACGACCACGCUCAGAAGAAACCCAUCAUCGUUCGAGCGUCUCUCCACCACCAUCUCCGAAUCCUAUCGCAAGUCCAAACAAGUCGUCAAAGGCUUCGUCAACGUCAACAUGUGCGCCUCGAUAUCUGGUUUGAUCUUGGGAAUAAUUCCAUUCACUCGGCACUUAUUCUUCGACACCGAAGGCGCUCUGUACUUUGUUUACAGAGCGCUUUACUCCAUGGGUCAAGCUGCCGUUCCUCAAGUCCUCGUCAUCAUCGGCGCAACUUUAGCGAAUGGCCCCGACCACUCCUUCGCGCCGAAACGAACCGCCGUCGGCGUCCUCUCCGUUCGAUUCCUCCUCCUCCCUCUCGUCCACGUCGGCGUCUAUUUCCUCUUCAAAAAGCUCAACAGCUCCGCUUUACCGUCUACGAGUGGCACCGACCACACCUUCUGGCUCAUCUUCCUCAUCGAAGGAUGCACGCCAACCGCGAGUAAUAUGGUCUUGCAAACCAUGAUGUACUCCAAAGAACCGGAAAAAGCCGCCGCCGGGGUCGCCAGUUUACUGUUUUGGCAAUAUUUGAGCGCUCCGUUUUUGUUGACUGGGUUCAUAUGCCUGUUCUUGAGCAUAAUUUAG